UGUAUAUGUAUUUUACAGGUUUUAUAUAACAAUGGGAACACGUAGUCACUAUUGAUUAUAAGAGCUUUGUACUAGUAAAGUAGACAUAUCAGUAUUUUGUCAUAAAACGAGGUCAACACAUUAAUUUAUUAGGAAACAGGGGAACUUUAUGUGACAGAUUUGAACUGUCAUGGCGGCAGCUAAUGCUGAACAAACCUCCUAUAAACUAGUUGUAGUUGGAGGUGGUGGAGUCGGAAAAAGUGCAUUAACUAUUCAAUUUAUACAGUCGUAUUUUGUUCAAGAUUAUGAUCCAACGAUAGAAGACUCUUAUACAAAACAAUGUGUUAUUGAUAAUAAAGUUGCUAAACUUGAUAUUCUGGACACAGCCGGACAAGAAGAAUUCAGUGCUAUGCGUGAGCAAUAUAUGAGGUCUGGAGAGGGUUUUCUACUUGUUUUUUCGGUCACAGACGAAAGCAGUUUCAAUGAAAUUCAUAAUUUCCAUAAGCAAAUUCUACGAGUAAAAGAUAGAGAUGAAUUUCCUAUGAUUUUAGUCGGAAAUAAAUGUGACUUGGAUACACAGAGAAGGGUGACACAAGAACAAGCGAAAGCGAGAGCGAAAGAACUUGGUAUACCAUACAUUGAAACUAGUGCAAAAUCCAAGCUCAAUGUCGAGCAAGCAUAUUAUGAUCUAGUUCGGAGAAUUAGGGAAUUCCAAACUUGGGACUCAGAACCACAAGAGGAAACUCAAGGAGAGAAAAAAGAUUGUUGUACAAUAUUGUAACACCAAAUUUGACAAUAACUCGAACAAAUGGUUAUUAUUGUCGCCUUAUUUUCUACUGCUUACUGGCGGACAAAUAUACAAUAAGUGCAUGAAGUAACCACAACUGAGUAUAUCAUGACAUAUUUGUUUCACUCGUUAAAUUACAAGAAGAAAAAUUGUAUUUUUAAAUAUUUUUAACCUUUUCAUAGAUAUAUGUUCACUCUGGAAUUACAAAAACAUCUCUCUUGGUAACUGAACCAUAUGAAAGGCAGAUUUCAAUAUGAUAUAAUUUUAUGUAAUGCGCUCUUUUAAUGAUGGGACAUACAUCUAUUAACUGCACAAGGAUCCUACUGAGUAUGGAUCUGUCAGCUGAGCUAGUCCAUAAUUAUAUCAGUUAAUUAGUCAAUCAUGCAUUUAACAAGACUGCAGCAAUUUUAAUGCAGUAUAUAUGAAAUUAUUUUCCGCAGCUUAGUAGUAAAUGCAAAAGUUUGGCAUCUGUAUCCAGUUGCUAAUAUAAAGAAUGAUAUUGUGUGGUGUUUGCCUGCUUUUUUUAUAUAAGAGAUCUACAGUCUAUUUCUGUUUGGUAUUUCUGUUUUUUUUUAUCAUUAUCUUCGUUCGUUUUAAUCAUGUUUUAAACUGUUUAUCUAUCUUCCUCUCCCGCUCCAUGUUGAUGAGGAAUAAUUUUGGUUUGAAGUGAAACUUCUAUAGUAUAUGUUUGGUUUACUACUUGAUAUAGACUCAUUGUAUUAAGUGGAGUCUAUAGAAUUCGUCCAAACUUUUUUGUUAUGCCAAAGUUGAUGAUAGUCCUUAACCAGUAUUAAAAUUUAAAUUUAUUAAAUUAAGCUUCUCAGUUAAUCCUAAGUUUUUCUCUAUGAUCUGAUCAGAUGUGAAGUCUAACCAAAAUACUCUAUCAAAACAAGUUAUCUUUAGAAUUUUAGUCUCAGCUUUCAGUAAAUAUAAGACCUUCGUAAUCCUUGUAAAAUAAAUGCUGGUAUCCAUUUAUUUGUUCUACGUCUGUUCAUGUUGCGUACUUUCACUGUGGAAUUACGUAUUUGAGUUGUUGUGAGCAAAAACAUUUGUGUAAUGAGAUUCCUUUAUCAGUUAUAAUAUACUGUCAGUAACCUGAUUGAAACAAUAUUAGAUUUUUACACUUUAAAAAUAUAAUAUAAACCUCUGAAGAAAAUUGGAUGUUAAUCUAAAGUUUUUUCCAAAACCCAAAAGCAAGCAUAGUCAUUACAAUAAAUUUUCAUUUUCCAUAUUUAAUUUAUUCGUUGUGACAUUUUAAUAUUGAAAAUAAAAUUGAGGAAAUUUCGAUUACACAAAUGAAAGCAGGAUUUAUCACCCUCAUUUCAUGUUUUUCUUGUUGUAAACUGAAAAUAUCAAUUAUUUGCUGCGGUUAUAUUAUUGUAUAAAAUUCUUUCAUCAAUAUGAAAUAUCUUUUUCUCCAGGCUGUUCCAUCGUUAUGUUUUAUUUGUUAAGGAAAGUUGUGCCUUAUGAUGAUGGUACCGCCAUGUUUGUAUUUGACUUUAUGAAUCCAAUUUUCUUGUUCUUUUUGAAUGAAAUAGCUGAUCUUUUUUUGAAGUGUUUGCUGAUGUAUUGGAUGAAGCAGUGAAUUUGAACAGAAAAAAAAUGGAUGAUCGGUCAAUUAUAUCAUGUGUUUAUUGGUUUGGUUUUUAUCAGUGAGAUGUUCUAAGCAAUUUAUAAUUGUUAUUGUAAUGAUGAUGAAAAUGUAAUGAUUAUUUUCAUUGGCUGCUACAAUCAGAAAAUUUUAAAAUAAAAGGAGUACAUUUCUAACCGAGCUCAUAUCAAAUUCAAAAAUCUUGGUUUGCUCUCUAGACUUCCAAACCUCCAGAGCACAAGGGCACAAAUUUCUUUAUUUGGUCUUACAUGAAAUAUCAACAGUAGCGGUCCAAUUAUUUUUACAUGCUGCUUUUAAUUUCAAUUUUAUAAUGUUACAAUGCAUUUCCCGAAAAAUUUUAAGAAGGUUUGCUGCAUCGGCAGUGUUUUGUUUUUUUCAACUUUAUUUUUAAACGUCCUUCUUGGAAUUCUUUCAUAGUGUAAGAUUUUUAUCAGAGUUGUUCAGUUCGAUCGUUUGAUGCCAUUCCUUUAUUUUUUGUUUAUCUGCAGGUUUGCGAUUUAUAUUCAGACUAUUUUUAUGUAACCAUACUUUUUUUCAUUUACUUUGUCUGCUUGACAGGGUGUGUGACUUUAAUAAUCAGUUUUAUUUUAUAUCGUUAUUAUGAGUAUUGGUUUGGCUAUUAUGAGAAACUUUAAUAUUACUGACUAAUUUUGAGGGACAAUUAAAUUAAUGGUCAUUAUUCCAUCACCAAAACAAUCCGUAGCAUUCUUUUGCUUGGAAUUUACCAGUUUUUAUUGACGAUUUUGUUUUAUUAAUAUGAAUAUAAUAGUCAUCGAUACCAAUUGCAAAUUUUAGGUUAUUAUGCGGUUAUUCUUAAUGUAUUUUUGACGUUUUAUAUUUAUGAUAAGCAUCAGUAAAAGAGAAUAUUAUGAUGGUUAAUUUCAUGACUCUGUUGUAUCGGUUCUAAUGGAUCAUUAUUUAGGUUUUAAAAAAUUUCCUCAUUUUCUAUUGAUCACUAGAACGGUGCACGUUUUCUGACGCAUUCCUAUUCCUUUUCAUUGGUAAUCUGAAACCUGUUGCGCACUUUUCGCGAGUCUACAACUGCGUUUUUUCAUGUCAGAAAGUUUUUUUUCUCUACAGAUUUAAUCCAUACUAGUUUCAAUUUCGAUACAGUGUUUGAAUAGAAAGAUAUACUGGUAACCGUUAUAUUCUCAACUUGAGUUUUCUAGGUAUGCUGGACGUAGCGAUGUGAACUAGUAUUUCAAUUCAAUAAAACGAAAGGCACGUUGGUUUGAUAAUGUGCGAAGUGGAA